AUGUUUCUGUUUGUGGACAUUUCAUGCGAUCCUCCCCAAGUUCAGCGAGUGUCACCUGCAGAUCACAAGUCGACGAUCUUCGCGGAGAACGCGACCUUUUCAACGAUCUUCGAUGAUCGCGAUGAUUGGAAAUCGCGCGAGGUUCACAUCAUGUUCAACCCACGGGAUCCUCCGUACACCUUGGAGACGGGAGGAUCGCUGACCGGGCUGGACAUCGAGGUGUGUCGGGCGGUGUUCGAUCAUGCCGGAAUUCGCUACCGAUUCGUGGAACGUCCUCCGAUCACUUCGCCGGACUAUGCCAAGUACAGAUCUUCGGUGUUGAAGUACCUGGAGACCGAGCGUAUCGAGUUGAUGGUGUCCAGUUUGGUGUUCCAAAGUCCGUUCGGCGUAGAGUUGCGUGUCUUCGAUAAGAAGGGGUUCUGUCUGAUACUUCCGAAGAACCUGCAACGGAACGUGAUCUACCACCUGGUGCAUCCUUUUGAGUACAGCGUUUGGAUAUUGAUCGUGAUGAUUCUUUUCUUGGAUCUCCUACUGAUCCGCUUAUUUCCUCUAGCGUUCCCUCACAACUUGGUCAUGAUCCUGCUGUUCGGAGAUUCCUGUGCCGAUCAUCAGCAGACCCGCCCCACCCGGUACUACUGCUUCGGCUGCACCGUUCUGCUAUUCCUGCUAUCCGAGGCGUACCUCGCAAAGGCCAUCAUCUACAUGACCGUAACGCGGUACACUCCAGACAUGAAGACCCUGGCGGAAGUAAUCGCAAGCGAGAUCCAGUUCAAGCUACCCCCAGGGGGCAAACAACCGUUUGAUCGCCAAAAUUACGUGCACGAUCGCCUCUGGCAGCAGUCGUUCGAAGUUGCGGACUUUCGUUACGACAUGGCCGACGAUCGGUAUGGGUACAUGGCUUCGUGCCGUUACGGCGAAUAUCUGAUCGAGCGGCACGUCCGGCAGGAGAUUUUGGACUUUGGCCAUCGGGCUGCCAAGCGCAGGUUCUACCUGCUGGAUGAGAUGGUUGAAUGGGAGUUUCGGUACUACGUUGCGGCGAACCAUUUCACCUUCUACCGCAGGAUGGAACUUGCGGUUAAUUGGUUGUACGAAGCGGGACUAUGGGACAGGUGGAUGACGCAGUUCCGAUAUAAUUGGGGUUACGGUGGGUUCAACCACCAUUUGUGGGACGAGAACGAUAUAUUGGCACUGGAGGAUAUUUUGGCGAUUUGGUACAUAAUGGCGAUCGGGUUAGGGGUUGCCGCUGCCGUGUUUUUGCUGGAGAAAAUGAGUUUUAGGGUGAAGAAGUGUAUCAGGUGCAAGGCUUGUUGUCGAAAGUAA